AUGUCGGAGACAUCCGACGCCAAGGCUCCAACUAUGGCCUCGAGUAUGAAACUCGCUGAGGGAGAUACUGUGGCCCGUGGACUUGGAGUGGGUCCCUGGCAUUUACCGUCCGCACGUUUAGCCUUCCUUCCAAAGAAGGCCUGGACAGACAAUUACGGCCCGGGAUACCCAACCCUGCCAGGCUCCUAUGAUAGCAUGAAGGCAGUGGCUUCGAUUCCUCCGGUUCUAUCAGGCAAGCACCUUCAUGUGUGGUCCAAACUCACGGGGUCGAUUCAACAGUCUCAGAUCCGUAUGACAGUCAUAGGGAAUCUUGCCCACCGGUCCAAGGAGCAAGUGGAAGAAGCCCUUGUGUCUUCCCUUCCAAAAUGUACUGCCAAGAUUUGGUGCGAGAGUGAUAAAGAGGGUGUAGGAGAUCCCGUGCACUGGAACUUGCAGCUGUGGGUUCAAAGUUGGGAGACUGUCGAGCCCUUGAACUUCGACCGAAGCGCUUGCCGAAAAAACACCAUCAUCGUUCCGAUCGAAAGGCUGGUCAACUUCGAUAUUCAGACUAAUCUGUCAAGAAGGCGAUGGUCUCUGAGUUGCAAGAACGGGAGCAAAUUUUCAAGAGGCGCGAGUGGCCAAGGAGACGAGAGAACUGCAAGUGGGAAUGAAAAUGUGAGAAUUCGCGAGGAGGGGCGAUGA